UCGAUCCUUUUUCUUUAUAUAACAUAUAGCGCAUUAUAUUAUUCUCUCCUUAUAAAAUGACUAUAUAUAGAGAAGUUAUAUUGUGUAAUAAAAUACCAAAGAUCUCAUCCAUUCAUUUGAAUUCAUAAAAAAAAUGUCACAUUUGAGCUUUACAAACUAUGAUAACCAGGGACGACGUCGUUCUUCCAAGUCAGUAUCCCCAAGGAAGAACAAAACGACGUCGUCUCACUCUCAUCACUAUAAUCAUAAUCAGGUGCCGAACAUGGAUGAAUUGAGAUGGGCUUUCGAGAAAUUCGACACAAACAGAGACGGAAAGAUCAGCAGAGAAGAGUACAAGUCAGCACUCACUCUUCUCGACCGUCAAAUGACAGAUUCCGAGAUAGCCAACUCUUUUCGGGCACUCGAUUCGGACGGAGAUGGCUCCGUUAGUUUCGAGGAGUUUGUGGAGUUAUUCAACCUGGGAUCUGGUGGUGGUGGCAGCAGCAAUAAGGCUAAGGCUAAGGCUAAGGCUGAGGAUAUCGAAAAUGCUUUUCGGGUUUUCGAUAUUGAUGGCGACGGCCGAAUAAGCGCCGAGGAAGUUUGUUAUGUUUUGAAGAAGCUUGGAGAAGGUUGUAGCAUGAGGGCUUGCCGGAAUAUGGUUAAGGGAGUUGAUAUUGAUGGAGAUGGUUUUAUUAAUAUGGAUGAGUUUGUUACAAUGAUGUCUAAAGUUAAUAAUAAUAAACAACCAAAUUAAUAUGUAUUGUUAAAAUGGUUACUUAAUUGUACUGAUAAGAAUGUGUAUUUUGAGUUUAAUAAUGUAAGGUGCCAAUUUAUGUGUAUGGCACUUUUGGUAUUGAUUAUUUCUCCUCUUCUAUGCUAUAUAUGUAUCUUGUGUGUUGUUAUGAAUUUAAAGAGAAUUGUUAAAGGA